CUCAACUCUCUGCCCCUCCGUUGCAGAGAUAAAAACAGUGGUUGUUGAGCUGAGAAGAAUCAGAAGAUCUUCCCAAAGAGAUCCACUCUUCUUCUUCUCACUUUUCACUCCAAGGGGUUGCACUAUUGAGGUUUUAUGGAGGGUGUUGGAGGCGAUGGUCCAUUAACUGCUGCAGCACUGAACCAAAGGAGGCAUGAAUUUUCGAGGAUAUUCCAGUAUUAUUUAGAUAAAACUACACCCCAUGCUCUAUAUAGGUGGAUUGGGACCUUCGCCUUAGCAUGUCUUUAUGCUUUGCGUGUCUAUUAUGCCCAAGGAUUCUACAUUGUGAGCUAUGGUCUUGGCAUCUACCUACUGAAUUUGCUGAUUGGUUUUCUGUCACCUCUUACUGACCCAGAGCUAGAACCUUCAGAUGGUCCUACGCUGCCUACGAAAGGCUCAGAUGAAUUCAAGCCGUUCAUUCGCCGGCUUCCAGAAUUCAAGUUUUGGUAUGCUAUCACUAAGGCAUUUUGUGUGGCAUUUGUGAUGACCUUCUUCUCCCUGUUUGAUGUACCUGUCUUUUGGCCAAUAUUGUUGAUCUACUGGAUUGUUCUCUUUGUGCUCACAAUGAAGCGCCAAAUUAUGCACAUGAUCAAGUAUAGAUACAUCCCAUUUAACACUGGAAAGCAGAAGUACGGUGGUGGAAAAAGAGCGGCAUCAGGCGCCAGCAGUUCAAGAGCAGACUGAACUUGUGAUACCUUCUGCCCACCAAGGAAGAAUCGAGAGUAAGGAGGAACAAUGAAGAGGCAACCCCCAGAUGGAUAGAAAAGAGGCUUGGGUUGCUGCUUAUCUUUACUUAUUUUGGAUUUGUACUUUAUUAGUUCAAUAUGGAUUUGAAUACGAUGUCACAAAAAUGUAGUUCCCUUGAUGCAAAGUCGCAAACUAUUAUUUUUGUCAGGGGCCUUUUGCUCCACAAACUCAUCUUAUUUUAAUACAUCAUACAAAGGAUCAAAAUUUUGAUGCAUUUGUACUUUA